AAUACUGGCUGAGCAAGUUCCAAAUGUCCAAAUAUCGCGCGGAAAGACGGAUAUGGGUGAUCGAAGUGUCUCAAAGACUCCCUUGGCGAUAUUGCUGAUCCCUCGAUGGGCCGAAUACGAUGUCAACCGGGGAAGUCGGUGAUCUGGAUAUGGCAUUUCCGAUGGUGCACAGACCACACCGCAUUGUCGGCAGUUGGACACAAACAAGAUGGAGGACAGAUCAAUGGAGGGGCCUAGCGGUGUUUACGAGAUACGAGCAAAAAGCCCCUCCUAGCUCCCAUUUGAAGCUCCCGAAAUCUGUGAUAAGUCCGUUCGUUUUCCAUAGUCUCCCAAGCUUAGCCAUGGCAGAUCCCGACGCACCAGUCUCGUCCACUACGACCCCGUUGAUAGGCUCAAAAACUCACGCCGGAAGCCUUCCCAUUCUCCAAAGACUGAGAUACCUCGUCACGCUUCAUCUGGUCAAAUUACUUUUCGACCUCGUAUUGGGUUUACUGAGUAUCCCUGGUAUCUGCGAUAGAUCUAUACAACCCACCUUCAAGAAGAGGUAUUCCUGUCACCGAUCACUAACGAAUCGUAUCUACAUACCGCGGUCUUACAAACCCGGCGGCUCGUCACUCCCUGUCUACAUUCAUAUGCAUGGCGGCGGGUUUUCAUGGACAAACCCUGUGGCAGACGACGGUUUCUGUUCUAAUUUUUCAAACAACAACAAUAUACUUGUUGUAAGCCUCGACUAUCCCAAAUCGCCUUCAUAUCGAUUUCCCACCGCCGUUCAGGCGUUGACCGACCUCGUAAACGCCGUCUUAGAUGAUGAUUCCCUACCGAUAGAUAAGUCAAAAGUUGCCAUCGGAGGCUUCAGCGCUGGUGGAAACCUAGCCUGCGCGGUCUCUCAAAAUAAGACUCUACAGGGAAGAAUUGGGGGGCUCGUGGCAUUUUAUCCUCCAGCAAAUUUCUUACCCACGACCACAGAUGAGUUGAGGGAAAACCCAAACGGUGCUGGUACUACCUUGCCACAAGACCAACUCUGGAUGUUUGGCUGGGGGUAUGUUAAAGCAGGGCAGGAUUUGAGGGAUCCGAUGCUCAGCCCCGUCUUCGCCCCAAGAGAGAGCCUGCCGCCGAAGAUUUGCAUUUUUGGAUGCGAGCUUGAUCUUCUUUGCAGGCAAGCAGAAAUUAUGGCUGAGAAAAUGGCAAACUGCGGCCCCGGUCAAAGAGUCGGAUCCGACCUUGCAUGGGAGAGGAACGGGGUGAAGUGGGAGAAGAUACCUGGUGAAGACCAUGCUUUUGAUCAGUGGGUUGCAUUUGGAGCCGCUAAAGUGAGAAUGAGGAAACGGGGGCGCGAAAUGUAUGAAAACGCUGCUGGAUGGCUACAACGGGAGGUUUACGCGCCAGAAAUAAGCCAGUCUGAGUGAAUCAGUUUCAUAACGGUUGUUUGAUUUAAAACUAUAAUUACGGUAGCUGUUAAAUCGUGCUUUAUACGGCGCACAGGAGCUGAAACUGUGACACAGAAGAGCGGUAUCGGGGAUACAAGAUACGUAUUAUUGAUGCAUGCCACUUCCUUGGUUUACACCAUUUCGAUCGCUCUCUCGACACUUUCGCCCCCAUCUCUUCUUUAUUUCGGGUCGCUCUCUUUGCCGCGUGUAAAUGCGACUCCGAGUUUACAGCGAGUCCCUUCCCAGAAACAUAUGUUCCAUUCUGUAAUGGCCAUCGUCUGCAUGACCGUAGGAUGAAGUGGUUGGAUAUAUGGGGAGCUCCGUUGCAUUGAAGCUUUGUUCAGCCAACGGAAUUGUCAUUGGGCGAUAUAAGACAGUCAAUUUUAGUACGAAGCAAGGAAAUAUCCAGCAGGAGCAUCCAUCUCCGUGCGCCAUCUGUUGUUGCUUCCCCAAUCCUUCCCAGCUGUGGCUUGAGCCACCCCUGCCGCCCUAGGAAAGAAAUUAAUAGAUCGGACCAACAUAUUCAAAUGAGUCAAGGGUUCGGCUCGUGGCUAAAUGCCUCGAAACAAUGUGGCUGAAAUAGAACCGCCGAAGUCGAUGUUGAUAGCUGCAGAGAGACGCCAAUGAGCCAAGCGCAUCAGCUUUGCCCGGCCUGAAUUGCAAAAUCCUUCUAGAAGGAAUCAAUAAACCUGCGCGGCUGAAUAGUUGUGCGGGUGUACAUGGGCCCAUGAAGGAUCCGAGCCUUUUAGCUGCCUAUACUCUGUUGGCCCCCACAGACAACGCGGCAGGGCUACACUUCAUUAUGUCUACAUUCGAACAAUGGAACAUGCCACCCCUGCCCGUCAACGGUGCUUCACCACUCUUGGACCCCACAAUCCAAAUAUAUUUCGGAAGCAGGCCCGGUCGCUACCUGAACCUUGAACGACCCUGCAUCAAGACCACAUCAAUACCCCACACAUGUCAGUCGUUAGGCAUUGCUAAUUGCGGGGGUAUAUAGCCGUUACCAGUCUUGCUCGUAGCCUCGCGCACCCCCUAGCGAAUUAUCGGAUGCAAGUACAACCACACUCAUCAAACGCAUGGGAGGGGGCGCUACUCGACAUGGGGCAUGGGU